AUGGCUGUAAACGUUUCCCUGGUUCGUGAUACAAAAUGGCUGACGUUAGAAGUGUGUCGAGAGUUUCAGAGAGGGACUUGUUCUCGGUCUGAUGCAGAGUGCAAGUUCGCCCAUCCGUCACGGAGUUGCCAUGUGGAAAAUGGUCGAGUUAUUGCCUGCUUUGACUCCCUAAAGGGCCGGUGUACCCGAGAGAACUGCAAAUAUCUUCACCCUCCCCCACAUUUAAAAACACAACUUGAAAUAAAUGGACGCAACAACCUGAUCCAGCAGAAGACGGCCGCAGCCAUGUUUGCUCAGCAGAUGCAGUUCAUGCUACCGGGCGCGCAGCUACAGCCAAUUACAACAUUUCCUGUGACUCCAUCGCUUGCAACAAGCCCCACAAUGGCUUUUAGUCCCUACCUGAGUCAUGUUUCUCCUGGGAUGGGCUUAGUUCCUGCAGAGCUUUUACCAAAUACUCCUGUCCUGGUUUCUGGAAAUCCUACUGUUACAGUACCGGGAGGCUCUGCUGGGCAGAAACUGAUGCGUACGGAUAAACUGGAGGUUUGUCGAGAGUUUCAGCGUGGAAAUUGCACACGUGGUGAGAAUGAUUGCCGCUAUGCUCACCCUAUAGAUAUUGCAAUGAUAGACACAAAUGAAAAUACUGUUACAGUUUGCAUGGAUUACAUCAAAGGUCGAUGCUCUAGGGAGAAAUGCAAGUACUUUCAUCCCCCUGCACACCUGCAAGCCAAAAUCAAGGCAGCUCAACACCAGGUGAACCAGACAGCUGCAGCUGCAAUGACUCAGCCAGCUGUCAGAUCACUGAAGCGACCGCUCGAGGCAACCUUUGACCUGGCCCUGCCGCCUGGUGCACUUCAACCUUUACCAAAGAGGCCAGCACUUGAAAAAAACAAUGGUGCCACCACAGUCUUUAACCCAAGCGUUUUCCACUACCAACAGGCUCUAGCCAACAUGCAGUUGCAACAGCCUACAUUCAUCCCUACAGGGUCAGUUCUGUGCAUGACACCCACUGCAAGCGUUGUGCCCAUGAUGCACGGUGCUACGCCCACCACUGUGUCUGCAGCAACAACUCCUGCCACCAGCGUCCCCUUCGCUGCAACAGCUACCGCCAAUCAGAUAUCCCAGUUAUCAGUAGAUGAACUGAGUAGCAGCAUGUUUGUUUCACAGAUGUAGAAGUUUCCGAUAGAACACAGACCAUGUUGAAAUUCUGAACAGUAAAAUUAUGGAGCACCAGGACUUCUUGGUGGGAAGCUGCGCAUGGCCUUUCUGUAUAUAUUCCCCUCUUCCCUCUAUCAUUCUCUACCACCUCUACAGUAAGCCUGUUGCAGCCUACAUGUUAACCAAAAACUGAUCAAUGGGAAUGUCAAAAAAAAAAAAGAAGAAAAAAAAAAGCACUAUAGAAACAAUUAACAAACAGCGCUCUGUUAUAUGAGAUAUACAAGUAGGAAAUUAUAAUAGACUUUUAUAACACAUUACUUUAACACACUUAAUCAUUUUAUGACUACCAUCAUGAUAAGUGCAUCUGCACAGCGGACUGUUGGUUUACUGUAUACUAUCGAUGGAUAAAUGUUUGUCUUGUUUUUAAAGUGUUAUCUUACUGUUUUGUUUACAUCAUAGUCUAUUGAUUUGUUUUAAAGUGUACAUCAUUAUCAAGUAUACUCAAUACCAUUUUUUCAUAAUUGUUAUGUCUUAAGUUUUCAUAUACUGUAGGUUUUAUGGGGUUUUGUUUGUUUUUUACUAAAAAUGUUAUUGUGGGAAACAGGAAUUAUGUGCUUGAAAAACACGACACAGAAUGUUCUGCCCUUUGCUGGAUUUUGCUGUUAAUGUCAGCUAAAGUUGCUUAUGUUAAAUGCUCCUUUUAUCAUUUAAAACUUGCCUUCAGAUAGUCUCCAAAUUUUUAAUACAAGUGAUGUGAAAGGACAGCUAUCAUUUUAGUCCAGUUCAGGGUUCUUCUUUCAAUACAAUGAGCUGAUUCUGGAAACUUCUGGGAAAAAAACAAAAAACAAAAAACAAAAAAAACCCAAAAACACAAAAGCCCAGGCUCAGUAAGGGCACAGGAACAAUUUGCUCAGACAGGGGUAAGCAUCAAGGGAUUUCUGCAGCUCUGUUGUCCAUUGAAGUGCAUUCUCAGCUGCAAACGGCGCACAAUCUCUCUCGCUGUUCUCAUGGUGCAGUCAAAACAAACAACAAAAAAAAUGGUAGUGGAGUGAGACAGCUUCAGUUGGGCAAAAGCUCAUUGCAUUGGAGAGGAGCAGGUGCCAGCCGUUGGCUGGGGAGGGCCCAGGGCCGUGGCUCGGCCAGGCUGGGUAGCACUGAGCCUUGGGACUUGGCUCCACCAAGCAUGCUGAAACAUUUUGGCCUGAAAUCUUGUAUGUGUCUCUUGUUGAAAUUUUGUCAGCAUGCCCCAUUUAUUUAAUCACCAUUUUCCAUAAGUGGGUGAUUUCCCCCCCUCUCCCCCUAUGAUCUCUGGCCCUUUAAAGCAAACACAUCAAAGCAGCAAAAAGCUCAGCAUAAGCUUUCUGCUGUAGAUAAACAUUCAUCUUAAUGGAGUUCCUGUCGGUCAGUGGAUUUAUUUUGGCACCUUCUACUUGAUCAAGAGCAAUGUUUGCUGCACAACAAGGGCUAGUUCUCAAUACCUCCUUUUCAUACGCACGAAUAAAACCAUUUCAGCCCGUGCACCCUGGACAGCCCUGCCUGUCGUUAUGCUGUGUUGUGAACAAUCUGGCUGCAGAAAUGCAUUUUGGUUGAGGAUACUUCCAAAUUCAUCCCUGUCAUAUCUCUAUAGUAUCAUUGGCAUUGUGGCAGAGAUGGAUUUGCUGCUGUAAAUCCACAAACUCCAUACAAGGAGAAAGAGAAUCAAGCAAGAGACCAGCUCACAGUGUCUGGAGGGGUGACCACCCUGAGCCCAGAGUGGUCCUGUAGAGUGCCAAAUUCAGGCAACCAGAUUUUCUUCUCUUUUCCCAGUUCCUUGGACUUGGUUAGGUUUUCCUUGCCCCCUCUCCUGCAGUAAGGACACAGACAGUUUGCUAGAUGUGUGUCUCCACGGGCCAGGAGUUAUGGAGGUGCACCUAGGGUGCAGCCCCAGGGCAGGCUCUGACUGUCUGCCCAUGGAUUCCCUCAUGGCCCGAACCUUUGAGGAGCCCAGCUCAAGAAGGCCUUGAGAAAUCUUUUUAUUCAAUUCGGCAGACUUUGAACCAAACCCUGAUAGAAAGGGGAAAAACCCUCCCCCCAAGACCUCCUUUAUGGACCCUGAGUUUUGACAGUUGCUUGUGUCCGUGGAUGUUCCCCAGCCAUCUGUGCUCACAAGUGAUGGGGUGGCCUGAAAUCAGUGACCCUCAUUUGUAUUGGCGACCACAUACCUGUUCUUUUCACCACUGUGUUUCUGUUUCCCAAAACCAUAACAUUGUUAGUGGAAAAAGUGGAUUUGAGUACUUCCUGUUUGAAAUUAUUUGUGUAUCAAAAAUGGGUUUUGCACAACCUGUGCCAGUGCCUCAACAAAGAACAGAGCUGAUCUUCUUAAGCCAGAAAGGAUGCAUUCAAGCUUGUAUGGCUUUAUGAGUUCAAGGAGGUUGAAAUUUUUUCAGUGCUAAAUGGAUUUUUGUAUAUCUUGAAACUUUGAUGUAACCUCCUAUUUUAUUUAUCGACUUAAACAUCUGGCAUAGAUGUGCAUAGAAUGUAAACCUAGAAUACAGCUGUUUUCAUGUCACAUUUAAAGCACUGAAAAAAAAAAGUGUUUAAGGAUUAUUUUUUAUUAAAGAGGUCCAAUGAGGGAUGUUCAGGGUAGUUAUAUUAGGUGCCACAACAGUUUUUAUAUUGCUGGCAAAUUUAGAGUUAAUUUGUAAAUGAGUUUAAGGAAAGAAAAGCUUGAAGCACUAAACUUCACCAAAUUCAAAACAAUCUCGGCAAAAAUGCCAUUUUGAGGUAGCACUAUUUAAACUAGUUGUGCAAUGACUUGCUCUAAUUUUCUUUGUUCAAGAAAGAAAAGAAAAAAAAAAACAGUCGCCAGACUAUAAAUUUCCUAAAUAGACUAUUACAAAGUCACCGAGCUAGUUAGUGACUCUAAACAAAUGUCAUAAAAGCAUGAAUAUCAUCCUUUAUUUGACAAGAGAUGUAUGUAAGUUUGUUUAAAUUGAUAUAAUUUUAGUGACAUUUUUAUAAGCUUCCCACUUUCCAUGAACCUAUAUUUUUUAUUUAUCCAAAGUUAUUUCUCUUUGUCCAUUUCUCUCAGCCUUAUGCAAACAAUAUGCAAGAAAUGCUGAAACUUGGAUAAAACGGGUCAUGCAGAGGGAAAAUGAAAGCUGAGAUUGAUCAUUUUCACGAAAAGAGGUUGUUAGUAGUUUCAAUAAAAAGUACUACUACUAAACUGUAACAUAA